AUGAGCGUCUUCAGUCAAUUGGUGGACAGCUCUAAAUCAAAUGUUUUCUCGCUCCCGGCUGUGAGAAAAGCUGAUUGCGAUGGACCAUCUUCGGGAAAGAAAGAAGUGGCCUUCGGAAGCGGCCAAUACUACGCUUAUUGUGCGCUCGGUGGUGUGUUGUCUUGCGGUCUCACCCACACAGCUAUGGUUCCCCUUGAUCUCGUGAAAUGUCGUAUUCAGGUCGAUCCCGCCAAGUACACCGGUAUCGGCACUGGUUUCCGAGUGACCGUCGCCGAAGAGGGAGUUCGUGCGCUUGCUAAAGGAUGGGCACCAACACUUAUCGGAUAUUCGCUUCAAGGACUCGGAAAAUUCGGCUUCUACGAGGUUUUCAAGAACGCCUAUGCAAACAUGCUGGGAGAGGAGCAAGCCUAUCUUUGGCGAACAUCGCUUUACCUUGCCGCCUCCGCUUCAGCUGAGUUCUUUGCGGAUAUUCUCUUGGCACCAAUGGAGGCGACCAAAGUUCGAAUUCAAACUAGCCCUGGGGCUCCUCCCACUCUUCGAGGAUGCGCACCAAUGAUCUAUCGGCAAGAAGGAUUGACUGGUUUCUACAAAGGACUUCCACCACUCUGGAUGCGUCAAAUUCCGUACACCAUGAUGAAGUUCGCGUGCUUCGAGAGAACUGUCGAGUUGCUGUACAAAUAUGUCGUGCCUAAACCACGAGCCGAAUGCAACAAAUCUGAGCAGUUGCUGGUGACUUUCGUUGCAGGUUAUAUUGCUGGUGUCUUCUGUGCUGUCGUUUCCCAUCCCGCUGAUACCAUCGUUUCCAAAUUGAAUCAAGAUGCUUCUGCUACAGCCGGAUCGAUUAUCAAGAAGCUUGGAUUUGCUGGACUUUGGAAGGGAUUGACGCCAAGGAUCAUCAUGAUUGGUACUCUGACUGCUCUUCAGUGGUUCAUCUAUGACACCGUCAAGGUUGCGUUGAACUUGCCACGCCCUCCACCCCCAGAGAUGCCAGAAUCCCUCAAGAAGAAGUUGGCUGCAGCCGGAACUCAA